AUGAGCUCUAAAGAUGAUCUUCUCGCGCAGGCAGUCGAAAACGAUGCGAAUUACAAAGAGCGUCUGUCGCUGAUCAAGUCAAACGAUGCGAUCGAUGCAAAGUUAGGAUUCGUGAGAUACACAGGGAUACAGGAGAAGAAGGGAUUCCUGAUCAAUAUUCAGCCAUCAGAGCUCGUCGAUGAGCAGACUAAAGUCAUCGUUUCCGUCGUCGACUACUUCUUUAUCAGUGAUAUGGACGAGCGAUUCAAAAUCAGCUAUCCGUUCCGCCCGUAUUUCUACAUUGCCACGUUGGACGGCUUCGAGUUCCAGGUCUCCAGCUAUUUGUCGAAAAAGUAUGGAGCACAGGCACAGGUCGAGCAUAUGGAUAAGGAGGAUUUGGACUUGAAAGACCAUCUCUCGGGACUCAAAAAGACCUAUAUCAAGUUGUCGUUCACCAGCACCGUGGAAAUGAUGAAGAUUCGGAAGGACCUAAUGCCGCUAGUUCGAAAAAAUACGGAUCGAAUCAAGAAAGAGUCGGCGUAUGCGGAUUAUUUGGCCAGGAAUCUGGGUGGAAAAGGAGGCUCUGGAACAUCAGACGCCCAGUUGAAUGGAGACAUUCUGAAUCAAAUUGUGGACAUUCGAGAGUACGACGUCCCAUUUCACAUGCGAGUUUCGAUUGAUGAGAAGAUCUUCGUCGGCUUGUGGUACGAUGUGAAGGGCGUUGGUCCGAAUCGUGUGCCAACGAUUAAACGCAAGGAUUUGGCAUUUUUCCAUGCGAAACCUCGAGUGUUGGCCUUUGAUAUUGAAACCACAAAACUCCCCUUGAAAUUCCCGGACCGGGAGUCUGAUGAGAUUAUGAUGAUCUCCUAUAUGGUCGACGGUCGUGGCUUUUUGAUUAUCAAUCGGGAAAUCGUGUCCGCUGAUAUCAACGCGUUUGAGUAUACGCCAAAAGCCGAGUACAAGGGAGAGUUCACCGUGUGGAAUGAGAAGGACGAAACUGCGUUGAUUCGCAAGUUCUUCGAUCAUUUUCUGCAGGUCCGUCCCACAUUGUCGUCACCUACAACGGCGACUUUUUCGAUUGGCCAUUCGUCGAGGCUCGACUCCGCAGACGAAUACAAAUCCCGUAACUGUAUUCAUAUGGACGCCUUCCGUUGGGUCAAACGAGACUCCUAUUUGCCAGUUGGAUCUCAGAAUUUGAAAGCAGUGACAAAAGCGAAAUUACGAUACGAUCCAGUAGAAGUGGAGCCAGAAUUGAUGUGUAAAAUGGCGAGAGAGCAGCCACAACAGCUGGCAAACUACUCGGUAUCGGAUGCAGUGUCCACUUAUUAUCUCUAUAUGAAAUAUGUCCACCAAUUCAUUUUCGCUUUAUGCACAAUUAUUCCGUUGGGCGCUGAUGAUGUGCUCAGAAAAGGUUCUGGAACACUUUGCGAGGCACUUUUGAUGGUCGAAGCGUUUCAUAGUAAUAUUGUGUUUCCGAAUAAGUACACUGGACCGGAAGAGACACGAUUCAGUAAGGAUGGACAUCGUGUGGAGAGUGAGACAUAUGUUGGAGGACACGUCGAAGCGUUGGAGGCUGGCGUUUUCAGAGCGGAUAUUCCGGCGAGAUUCCGUCUCUCUGUCGACGCGCUGGAGCAGCUAAAAUCCGAAGUUCCCGAGACGCUGCGCAAAGAAUUGGCUCGUGAGUUCGAAGUUUCACUGGACCAUGUGGAGAAUUUCGAGCAACAGUGCGCCGAGGUCGAGGAGGCGUUCGAUGGCUUGAUCGCUGUCCCGAAUCGUCUCGAGAAUCCACGAAUCUACCAUUUGGACGUCGGCGCCAUGUACCCGAAUAUCAUUUUGACGAAUCGUCUACAGCCAUGUGCAAUGGUGAACGAAGAGAUUUGCAUGGGAUGCUCAUUCAAUAUGCCAGACGCCGAGUGUAAAAGGACAAUGGCAUGGGAGUGGAGAGGAGAGCUCACACCAGCGACACGUGGAGAAUACCAGCAAAUCAUGCAGCAGUUGGAGGCGGAGUCAUUCGGAAAACCACCAAAACAUUUUCAUAUGCUGGAACGGGCGGAACGAGAGGCGAUUGAGAUGAAGCGUGUGAAGGAUUACAGUAGACGAGUGUACGGAAAGACGCAUCUGACGAAGCUAGAGAUGCGAGAGACGAUGAUUUGUCAGAGGGAGAAUCAUUUCUAUGUGGAGACGGUGAAGGCGUUCCGUGAUAGGCGAUAUGAGUAUAAGGAUAUGUUGAAGAAGGCGAAGGGAAGGUUCGAUCAGGCACAAGCCGAGAAUGAUCUUGCUACAGUGGCCACGUCGAAAUUGGAAAUGGUGCUCUAUGAAUCCCUGCAACUCGCCCAUAAGUGUAUCCUCAACUCGUUCUACGGCUACGUGAUGCGAAAAGGCUCUCGAUGGUACUCAAUGGAAAUGGCUGGAAUUGUGUGUCAUACCGGCGCCAAUAUCAUCAAAGAAGCCCGGAAGCUAGUGGAUAAGAUCGGAAAACCCCUGGAACUGGAUACUGACGGCAUUUGGUGUCUAAUCCCGGCGUCGUUCCCGGAAAAUGUCACAUUCAAGCUCAAAAACCACAAGAGAAAUCAGGUCACCGUAUCCUAUCCAGGAGCGAUGCUCAACGCUUUGGUUUACGAGGGAUUCACUAAUCAUCAAUAUUUUACACUUCAAAAAGAUGGGUCCUAUUUGAAAUCCUCGGAAAAUUCGAUUUAUUUCGAAGUGGACGGUCCAUAUCAGUGUAUGGUGUUGCCAGCGUCGAAAGAAGAAGGAAAGAAGCUUAAAAAGAGAUAUGCAGUGUUCAAUCUAGAUGGAUCACUGGCUGAGAUGAAAGGAUUUGAGUUGAAGAGACGUGGAGAGCUGAACAUCAUCAAACACUUCCAAAGUCAUGUUUUCAAGACGUUUUUGAAUGGAAAAACGCUGGAAGAGACGUAUAAAGCGGUGGCUGGUGAUGCGAAUCACUGGUUGGAUAUUCUACAUUCGCACGGCGAGGAGAUUUCGGAUGAGGAGCUGUUCGAUUUGAUUUCUGAGAAUAGAAGUAUGUCACGGAAGCUGGAGGACUAUGGAUCUCAAAAGAGUACCUCGAUUAGUACAGCCAAACGACUCGCCGAGUUCCUGGGAGAUGAUAUGGUCAAGGAUGCAGGUCUCGCGUGUAUGUUCAUCAUUUCUCGACACCCAGUUGGCGCCCCAGUGACAGAAAGAGCUAUUCCAGUAGCGAUUUUCAAAGCUGACUCGAAGGUUAAAUCCCAUUAUAUUCGAAAAUGGACGAAACAGCAGGAUUACGACGAGGACACUGAUAUUCGGGAUAUGUUGGACUGGGAUUAUUAUAUCGAGCGAUUCGGAAGUUGUAUUCAGAAGAUUAUUACGAUUCCAGCGGCGCUGCAAGGAGUGGUGAAUCCGGUGCCACGUGUACCGCAUCCAGAUUGGCUGCAGAACAAGAUACGGAAUAAAGUUGACGCUCACAAACAGCCACGUAUCAACCAGAUCUUCGCCGCGUGCCAAAAACCGAGUACCUCGAACAACACACUGGAAAACGGAAAACGCAGAAGAAGCCCCGAUGUCGACAGUUCAGAUGACGUCAUCGCUGAAGACGUGGAUAGUCAGGAAGGGGAUAAGGAGAAUCUAGCGAAGAGAAAGAAGGCUGUGGAGACGAAAAAGAACCAGGAAGCAGAGGUUCUGGAGAAGAAGACGCUGGUGGAUCACGGAUUCGAUGAUUGGCUUGGAUUCUUGAAGAAGAAGUGGAGGAUUCAACGAAAGGAGAGAAAGAAUCAAUUGAAGACGGCAAGAGAUUCAGAUGCAGUGGAUACAAUUGUUCGUGGAGCGCGGGAGGCUGAGAGCGAGAGAGAAUGGCACAUUUUGAGUGUCGAGCCAACCGCUGAUUCCUCAUUUUUCAAUGUAUGGAUGUCGGUUCAAGGACAGAUGCAGAAAUUGACCCUGAAAGUUGGCAGGAAGAUUCUGGUAGAUUCCCGCGCGCCACGUGGCAAUCGAGAAACCGUUCGACGCGUCUUGCCACACCACAAACCUCCUGGAUAUCUCUACGAAUUCAAGACAGAUGAGGCUCAGCUAACCGCGCUCAUGGAUAAGCUCUACUCAGAAACGUGUAGCUCGACGAUCGAUGGAAUUUAUGAAUCGGAAGUUCCCACUGAAUUCCGAGCUGUCCUCCAACUCGGAUCUACAGUACGCCCGGACCACGGUGUCUCUCUUGGAGGCCACCAGUUGACACUGGAGAGCUUGAGACCAAUGGAAAAGAUGAGCUAUCUUCCAAACGAGCAAAAUAUCCGAACAAUUUUCCUCUACAAGUUUUCCCAGGACACUCGGCACGUCUACUCGCUGAUAGACACUUCCGGAUCUGCCGCUUACUUAUAUGUCGUGAAUUCUGGAGAUGUACAGCUACCAAAUAUGGAUGCUUUGUAUACCAGUGCCUAUAACAAAAUCAUGUCUACAGAACGUGGCCAACUGUGUAAAACCCCCGAGAAGAUGCAAUUCACUGUAAAGCGAUUCUCUUCGAAUGAAGAAUGCGAACGUCAGCUUGGCCGUGCUUUGAGAGCCUUCCGAGAGUUCUCCUCAAAAACUGCCGUUGUCCUUCUCCUCUCCGACACUGAACCAUUGAGAUUAGCCCGGAAAAUCCCAAAUCUGGGUUUAUUCCCAAAUGUACAACUUCAUAUCACCGAACCCUCGUCUCUUCUCAACCAAAUAGACUGGCAAAAAGUGGUGGCUCGCCGGGUCCUUCAACACUAUUUCAACAGCUUCUUCUUCCUCACAGACUACCUGGAAUGGGCUCGUUAUCUUCGUGUUCCCCUCGGCAACCUUCCUGCUGACCACGCCCUCUUUGGUCUUGAUCUACUGUAUGCUAGACAUUUGAAAAAGUCGGGACACGCGUUAUGGGCGACGAAAUCGAGCAGACCGGAUCUUGGAGGCAAGGAAUUGGAUGAUAUUCGAUUAUCGAUUGAUUGGAAUCCCCUCUCUGUUGAUGACACUGUGCUUCUGAAUCGAGAGACGUUCUGUGAGACGGCUUGUGUGGAAUUGCAGCUGAGCGCAGUUGCGGUGACAGCGUUGGUACAAAGAAGUCGUGUUCUAGAAGCUGAAGCAGUCGGUAACAGGAGGAACCCAGAAUUCGAUCGCUUGCUACGACGAAGAGCCGCCGUUGACGCAUCGAUUAAGAUUCUGAAGCAAAUGCUGACAGAAUGCGUUCGACACAUUGCUCAUCAGGGAAAUCGACAUGCUGAUGAGGUGGUGAUGACGGUAUCCAGAUGGUUGAAUACGCGAUCCGCUCUACUUUUUGAUUCGGCGCUUACCAGAAGUAUUUCGGUUUUGGAGAGUAAACUGGUGCUGCUCUUGUGUGCUGAAUGUGAGAGAAUCGGGGCAAAAGUCAUCCAUGCGACGGCCCAGAAGUUGGUGCUGAAUACUGGAAAAAUGACAAGUGAGGAGGCGAAGGGAUUCGUGGAGAUGUUGAUUCUAUCGCUGAGUACUAAUGUCGUCUUCGCGGCACUUCAUAUUACGCCAGUCAAGUUUUUCGAUUCGAUGCUCUGGAUGGAUGCACACAAUCAUACCGGAAUUUGUAUUGUUGAUGGGGAUUCUGAUUCUCCUGACGUCAUCGACGACUCCGUUCCAACCUCCUCUUCCUCCCAACCCCAAGCCACGCGUCAAUUCGAGACCACAGCCAUCUGGAAAAUCGCUGAGGAGAUGCCAGAUGAAUCGAAUAUUCGUGAUGAGUUCCUCCAAAUGAUCGGCGCCUUUAUUCUCGAAUUUCUCGAGACCAAUCGAGAAGUUCAAUUCGAUACGGAAUCGGCGGCGACGUUCCGCGCCGACGUCAUCUCUCAGAAAAUCUCGCAUCGGUUGUAUCGUGUCGUCAAUAAGCUGGUGCAUAACAACGCAGAAAGUGCACAUUGUGCCACGUAUCUUGUCAAUGCCAUCUGCCGAGCACUCUCCUGUGAUCAGACGUCUCAAUUGGCUGUUGAAGGCGUAAGGGAUAAUGCGAGACGCCUUCUCCAUAAUGUUGUGGUUGAAGUCGACAUGACACCACUCCGCCAGACGACCCUCUUCGUCUCCAACGUCUUCUGCAGUUCGUGUUCUCAGGCGUCGAACGUCUUCUUGUCGUCGACAGACGAGAUUCUCACGUGCACCACGUGUCAGAGUGUGAGUUUUGCAAAAAAUUCUAGAGAUAAAUCGAAGCUCAACUCCGACGUCAUCGACAUGAUGAUCUGUGAUCGUCUGAAUCAACUCCUAACCGCCUACCAGAUCCAGGAUCAUCAGUGUGCCAAGUGCAGAUCCGUUCGCCACGACACCCUACCCCUCUACUGUGAAUGCUGUUCUCCAUUUAACCCUCAAAUCACUCCAUCGCAAUUAAAACACGAGGCGACGACUGUCGAGACUGUCGCCAACAUUCGAAACUUCACACUGAGCUCCGAGCUUGCCACGUGGAUUCUGAAAAUGGUGGUGUGA